UAUGCAAAGGUGGGGCGACAAAGAACGUCCAGAUUCUUCUACUACAUUAAAUUAACAACACAAGGGGGGCUUUCACCGUGUCUCCUUAAGAACGAAAUCGACUGCAGAAGGUGACACGCACGCAAACCUACGAGUCGCUAUAUUGUCUACCGAACGCGAUUACUUUCCAAACGGUGAGAGCUAAUUUUAAUAAUAAUUGACCGUUGAAUUCGCAGUGCUUUUCAAGAUAAUAAUAUUCCAUACUUUCUACAUAUCUACACAUUCCGGUGUGGAAUCAUAGAGAAAAUAAGGAUGUUUGUCCUGCUGACAAUUUUUGGAUGUCUUUACCACGCUUCGGGGAUCCCUGUAGAUAGCAGAAAUAUAUCCCUGGUGGUGUUAACCCCAAAUAAUGAAGUCAACGAUUUUACGACUGCCGAAGACAUUAAAAAUGCCGUCUCUCAAGUCAUGGCUACACUAAAAUCUAAUAAUAAAAGCGCAGACCUGAUUGAAGCAAUCAUCGAUGAAGUCGAACUUCAGCUUUCUAGAGAUCCGUCAUUACCAAGACUAACUCGUGGCGAAAUUUUGGACUUGAUUGAGAAUAUAACCAAAUCAGAUUUGGAAGAAUUGGAGAAGAUAAACAAAAGCAGAACACCCCAUCAAAGGGCAGUAAUGCUUGUUCUGCCUUAUUCACCCAAAAACAACACCGACGACAGCUUGCAAGAGUUAUACACGCGACCACCGAUCAUAAAAAUAAUUGACGAUAAUACAGAGAAGCCUAAAAGUAAUGCUGGCAAUAAUCUUCAAGAACUGUACACCAAACCACCCGUUUUAAAAAUAAUUGAUGAUCAAGUAAACCGACCAGAAAUGAAGCCAGUAAGGCGACGAAGACCUACCCUUCCGCCUACCAUUCCACAAAUUGAUACCAGUUCGACAACAGCACCCUCGAUGAACUUCAACAACUUUGUAACAGUCGCACAACAGAACAUCAAAGAGGAAGAGCAAAAAAUUAGUUUCGAACCAACAACUCAAACAACUGCUUUUAAUAUCAUCAAACAAUCGAAACUUCCUCCUGUAAAAAAAUAUCCAGUAAAACCUUUCAACAAACAAACCACUCCAAAAUAUUAUGAAACUAAUUAUUAUUUAAGCCAAGGUCAAGGGUUAAAUGUUAUUCCCCCUCCAAAGUUUCACUUACCUCCAGCUUACAUACAACAAGAGAUCUCCCAGGUACCUGAUGAGAUACUUAUAGCUCAAGAAUCGUUACCACCCAAAGCAUCCGAAAGUUACUCUCCAAAUGAUUUCCAUAUACCAAAUUAUUCAAAGCCAGAUGUUAUUGCCAACAAGAAAAAUGAAAAUGAAAUUACUUACAAGAAACCGGCUCCGACUGCAUCUGAACAGUUUGCUGCUACAACUCCUGUUUCUGACAUGGCCAGUGUUGCAGACAACUUAACACCAGAAAUGAAGAAAUUACUUAUGAGCUUUGGAUUAAUCCCAGAUCCAAAAGAUAAACCGGUUAUAUUUAAACCAGAAGCGAUCUAUAUGGAACCGGAGAAACCUAAUGUAGAACCAGAAUCGUUUAUUCAAUUCAAACCACUACCUGAUAGUGCACCAACGAGAGAAGAUAUGGCCACAUUUCUUGAAGGAUUUGGCUUUGAAGCAAGGGAUUCUAAACAUAAUAAAGAAGGAAAAGGCAACCAGAAAAAAGAGGAUUUAGCACCAAGAGAAAUUGAAAUUGAUAUUUUCCCAGAUGAAGUUAAAGGAAUCAUUACAGAUCUAGGCUUAACAGAUCGCAAAAGUAAGAAGAUUGAUUUGGAAGGAAUUGAGAAAUAUGAGAAAAAAUCUAGUUCUGCACAAAACAAAUACGAUCGAGAAUUAGAAGAACUUAAUAAACUUAAAGAACUAAUUGAUUUCAUUAAAAAGAUUGACACCAUGAAUGACACUGAACUUAUACAAGAAGCGGAUUUAAAAAAAGUAAAGGAUUUAGUAACAAGUCUAAAUCAAAACGAUAAUCCUGCUCAGCCAAAUGCAAACAAAAUUAUCGAUGUGUCAAAAAUCACUGUAAAACGCCAAGCCAACAAAACUGUAACGGAACCAGUAGCUAAAGAAGAAGAAUCGGUUUCAACAAAUUUAAAAACAGCCGAAGAUGAUUCUAGUAGUUCAUCGGAUGAAUCUCUAAGUAAGGGAAGUUCUUCGGAAGAAGAAACACCAACUACUACAACUGCAGCAUCUACGCCAAACUUAAAAGAUUUAGAAGAUUCAUUUGGUGGAACAUCAGAGGCAACAACUACAACAACUACAGAACCAGCACCUACCACAAGAAAGAGUGGAUUUUAUCACUUGGUAGAUUGGAACACAUUUUUAGAAGUUGACGAUCAAAAAGGUCGAAAAGUGAAUAUUAGAUUUCAACCAAGAAGUGGAGACCCUAAAAGGUUUUAUUCAGUGACAGUACCUUAGUUAAGUAAUGAAAACCAUUUUACAGCAAAAGACUGGGGUUUUGGAUGUUUUUUUUU